AGCCAACACCCAUGGCCUGAUACUUCCAGAGUUUUGUCCAUGUGUCAAAGAGGCCCAACACAAACACCUUUCACAAGCAUGUCAUCUCUCUUCCUCCCUCUCUGGAUCUGACCGAUCCCACUCUUUGUAACAAUGGCUGUCUGUCGCCGGAAGCCUCCUCACGCCCUCCUCGUUCCUUACCCUCUCCAAGGCCACAUCAUCCCGGCUGUCCACCUCGCCACCAAGCUCGCUUCCAGGGGCUUCACCAUCACCUUCGUCUACACCGAAGCCAUCCACCACCAAACCUCACGCGCCGCCUCCGGCGUCGACCGCGACAUCUUCGCCGCCGCCCGCGCCCGGGGCCUCGACGUCCGCUGCGAGCUUGUGAACGACGGCCUCCCCGUCGCCUUCGAUCGGUCCCUCAACCACGACCGCUUCAUGGGCUCUCUCCUGCACGUCCUCCCGGCCCACGUCGAGGAGCUCAUGCGGAAGCUGUCGCUGUACGCGGACCCUCCCAUCACCUACCUCAUCGCCGAUACCUUCUUCGUGUGGCCUUCCACCUUAGCCAAGAAGUUUGGGCUCCCUUACGUGUCCUUCUGGACCGAGCCCGCGCUCGUCUUCACUCUCUACUACCACUUGGAUCUCCUCAUCAAACACGGCCACUUCGCUUCUCAUGACAAUAGCAAAGACACCAUAACGUACGUGCCGGGAGUGGCGGCGAUCGAGCCGGCCGAUCUCAUGUCGUACCUCCAAGAAAGGGACGUGUCGUCGGUGGUGCACCAGAUCAUCUUCAGAGCAUUCGAGGAAGCAAAGGGGGCGGACUUGGUACUCUGCAACACGUUGCAAGAACUCGAGCCGGAGACCAUCUCCGCUCUGCAGCUGGAGAAGCCGUUCUACGCCAUAGGGCCGAUCUUCCCGGCGGGAUUCACCAAGAGCGCCGUGGCGACGAGCCUGUGGGCUGAAUCGGACUGCUCCCGGUGGCUGGACUCGAAGCCGCCGGGCUCCAUCUUGUACAUCUCCUUCGGGAGCUACGCGCAUAUCAGCAGUCGCGACCUGAAGGAGAUAGUGCAGGGGGUGCUGCGCAGCAAGGCCAGAUUCCUGUGGGUGCUGCGGCCAGACGUCGUCAGCUCCGACGAGCCCGAUCCGCUGCCCGAAUCCUUCAUCGAGGACAGCAAAGGAAGGGGGAUGGUGGUGCCAUGGUGCUGCCAGACCGCGGUGCUCUCGCACCGGUCGAUCGGCGCCUUCCUGACGCACUGCGGCUGGAACUCGAUCCUGGAGAGCGUAUGGUGCGGGGUGCCGCUGCUCUGCUUCCCCCUCCUCACGGACCAGUUCACGAACCGGAAACUGGUGGUGCAGGAUUGGAAGAUCGGUCUUGACUUAGGAGAGAAGAACAAGGUGGGCAGGAAGGAAGUGGCAGAGAGGAUUGAGAGCGUGAUGGGAGAAGUGGGGGAUGAGCUGAGGGAGAAGGUGAAGGACGUGAGAAGAACACUUGAGCGCGCACUCGGACCUCAGGGCUCGUCGCAGAAGAACUUGGAUCGGUUUAUAGCCGAUCUAAUGCAACAUAGUCAGCAGCUUGAUGGAGGGAGGGAGUCUACUCUGCGCCAUUAAGCAUGGUGUAAGGAGCCGAAGCAGUUAUGGUGCAAUAAGAGUGUGAAUUAUAUAUUAUGUAGUUAUAAAAAAUAAAACAUCUAAUUUUAUUUCUCCUUGG